UUAGUCAUUCGAAGGAUACUGUGCAGACUGAACGCAAAGAUCGUGUGCUGUUGGUUUGUUCUUUCGCCUUCAAGAAUUGACUUUUUUUUUUAAAUAUUUUUCAUAAAUUGUGUUUAAUUUUCAUUUAAUUCUAAAAGUUUAAAGAAAAUUCUCUAGAUCUUAGCCCCUAACCUUCGUGUUUUAAAGGGGACAAUUUACAAAUAAUCCCGAAUAUUAUAAAACCCAUCGUAUUUAACCGCCCAAAAUCCACUAAAUGUCUUUUGAAAUUUCAUUCAAAUAGUGCGUGUUUGAAGAUCUAAUUGUGUGUUGCAAAAAAAAAUGAUCAGUUGCUAUACAAAUAAUACUGAAAACAUGGAAAUUAGUAUGGACAUCGUCAUUAUUAAAAGAUAGUGUUUGGAGAAUUAUUUGCAAGAACCAACUCUUUGUCUCACAGAAGUGAAAUCAUAUUCUUUUCUACUAUUAGAACAAAUUUCACUGAAAUUGUGACUUUUUGUGCUUGGAAAGUGAUUUUCUUUUAAAAGAAUAUUAGAAAAUAUUCUUUUUUUUUUAACAAAGUGCAUUUGAAACUCUUGGACGUGUUGCGAAGAGACUAUUUUUUAAAGAAUUUUGUGAUCAAAGGACUAAAUCACAUUUAAAAAGAAAAUAUGGAGUCCGAUGGGGAACAUGAGAAUGGAUUUACAGCAUACAAUUCCCCUCAACAUCAGAAUUUCCAUCGAUAUGAGGAAUAUGUAAAUCAUUCGAUGCAUCCCUCAUCGGCGGGUUCACCACUCCCCCCACAAAAUAACUCAUCACCACAGAUGAUAUCCAUGUCAUCUCUGCCAACAGCACAUGGUAUGCUCCCACCGCAGAGUCCGUCCCUGGCUCAGCAACAGGGUGCAAUGUUAAUGUCAUCGGGAUCACCGCUUAUGGCACAAUAUUCCCCCUACCAGGAUAUCCUGCCAUCCACUGUUCUCCCACCACCUACGUCAAGUCAAGAGGAUGGCGGUAGUUGGAGCUAUCAGCUGCAGGGUUCCAACUAUCAAGGUGACUACUGUACAUCGGGCUAUGGGGUCCUCCAGAGGCAAUCUUUUGGCACCAAAGUUGCAGCUGGUGGUCCACUAAAAGGAGCCAAGGAGGCACGUAUUCGACGCCCAAUGAAUGCCUUUAUGGUGUGGGCUAAAGUUGAGCGUAAGAAGUUGGCGGAUGAAAAUCCAGAUCUUCACAAUGCUGAUCUCAGUAAAAUGUUAGGAAAAAAAUGGAGAUCACUAACCCCACAAGAUCGUAGACCAUAUGUGGAGGAAGCUGAGAGAUUGCGUGUUAUUCACAUGGCAGAACAUCCAAACUACAAAUAUCGCCCUCGUCGGCGGAAACACACAAAAGCCCGCAGUGGUCCAACUGGAAAUCCCCAAACUGCCAAUUCGGGAUCAAAUACCAACACCCAAGCAACUCAUAAUGGUGGUGCGUCAGGUGGUGGGAGUUCUACGGGCUCAGGUGGUGUCACCGGCGGUGAUAUCUAUGAUGGUGACUCAAAUAGGAUUAGCCCCUACACGGGUAGUCAGUAUGGGUUGUACUAUAGCAAUAGCAAUGCACUACAUACACCUGAAUCAAGCCCAACGCAGAGCCCUGAACCCCGUGGGGGUCGUUCAAAGUGCAGUGAUAUCAAAAUUGAGGAUGUUUCAUCCUUGCCAACACCCGAAAUGAGUCCACUUGAAUUGGAAAAGGAAGCCUAUGGGGCUGAGAAGAAGACCCAUGGCGGCUACAUGGAGUAUACGACGCAGAAUCAGGUGAAAGGUGAGAAAGUCCCACAAUCUGCCUUUGGUAGCUCCUAUGAAAAUGACACGGAUCUAGUGAAGAGAGAAUUUAUGUCGGCAUCAUCCUAUGAGAUGUCAGAAAAGAAUAAAUAUGAAUACGCAUCAGCAGAUAAAAAGUAUCAAUACGACAGUGGUGCAGGAAGUGGUGGAGGGAAUGUUCUGGAGAAGAGAACAACAUCCUAUUUGGGAUGUACAAGUGCUUCUGCAACGACAAUUGUUGCUGGAAAGGGGAUGUAUGUAACAUGCACAAAUCGUGGACUUCUCGAUCAGGGACACAUUGUACGUGGAACGUACUACCCACCAUUGGCAACGUCUCAGGAUCAUCAGAAUUUGGGAACACCCACAGCAACAACAUCAACGGCUGUUCUCAACUAUGCCAAUCACGUGGCUGGUCAGCCAAAGGGACAAAGUCACCAAAAUCACAAUGGACACAAUGGAUUAACACCAGGAAGUGCAAUUGAUGCAUACUACCAGACAUCACCCCUACCAGCAUCCUACUCAUAUCCCGCCGCAUAUAAAGAAUACUACCAAUCACACCCACUCUUGCCCCCAUUGCUGCAGGAAGAUCCCGAUGGGCGUAAAGAGUUUGACAAAUAUCUCCCGUCCAUUGAUAGCAAUCACAACAGCUACAACGACUACGAUUCCUACCACCAUGGCAGCCCCACGUCAUUCCCAUCCGGAUCAACGGUGUCCAGUGGCUCAAUGGCAGCCCCAGCGGGAUCACCACAAAUCCACAUUCAUCACCAGGACUACUAUCACCAUCAACAAUUCCACGGAUCCCCACUGCCGACCCCAUCAACAGUUGCCGGUGGCACCAGUGCAACACCCACCGGUGCGGCUGUGGCCAAAGUGGAUGCCAUGAUUGGUGGAAGUAUCCCACCUGGGUACACCACCCUGGUCAAUGUAGGUCCAUCUGGGGAACAAAUACCCAUAACUGAUGACUUUAGCAACAUCCUUGCCGGUGUACGCAAGACAUGCUACAGCAACUGACGACUAAUGAGGUAAUAGCGAAACAUUUUCAUCCCUUUUCUUGUGAGAUUUAGGCUUUUGCACAAUUUUUUUUUUCAAACUUUCAUUAACGCGGAUUUUUUAUUGACAUUGAGUUGAUAAAAAAAAUAUAUUGAGUCAAAUUCAAAUUUUUAACAUAAUUCUUCAAUAGCCAAUCUCAUAGGAUUAAAUUUAAAAAAAAAAUACAAAAAAAUGUCUUAUUUUAAAAAAAAUCAUUUUUUGAAAAUAAAUUAGGAACUCACGUAAAAAUGUAAGAGAGUAAGUAAAAUUGAGAAAAGUGUAAGCAGCGUAAAAGAUAGCAUUUGUCAUCAAUUAUUUAUUUUUAAAAUUUUUGCAAAGUUUAAUUUCAAAAAUCUUCAUAACUGUCAAUUCUGAAGCAAUAUUCUUGAAAAUUUUCAUAAAAAGUUGUUAAACUCUUCCUCUUAAUGAAAACUCUUUACACCACUUUAAUAAACAUACUCAAGUUUGACAAAGAAAACAAUUGACAAAAGGUUAAUUAACAAAAAACUAAUAAGGAAAUUUCUUUUACAGAAUUUUUAAAUUUAAGUCUAAAGCCUCUAAUGCAUUAGGAAUGCAAAAGUUUGUUAAUUUUAUUUUAUCUAACUUUACACUCUCUUACGUUUCAACGCUGAGUUCCCCCUUUAAUUCAAAAUAAAAAUACGUUUUAAAAUUGUUUGGUUUUCCAUUAAAGUAUUAAUAUCUAUUUAAAAAUUUUUUAUGACAAAUCAAGGCAUUUCUUUUGCAUAAAAAAAUCUUUUUAAAACUAGAUUUUAGAUGUAGCAAAAAAAUAUAAAAGAAAAUUUAGAAAACUUGCCAAUUCAUGAUAUAAAUGUUAAAAUUAGGGCAACAAAAAAUAUUUAGUGUCUUCUAUGUAGUAAAUCAAUGCUAUAUAUUAAUUUUAUCCUAAAUACUCAAGACCCUGAUCUUUGAGAUCAAUAUCCACUAUGAGUUUUAAUUAGGAACUUUUUUUUUAAUUAAUUCUACAACCUUCUGGAAUUAUCAGAAAUGCAUAUUACCUUUAAAUUAUAAUUUUGCUUAAAAAAGAUUUCCUCUCUUGAACAAAAAGAAAUGUAAAAGAAGUUUUUCUUUUCUUCACUCAAAAUGCAGGCAAAGUGCAAAUUCUUUUAAUUUUAUUUUAAAUGAAAAAUAUUAACAGUGCUUCCAAAUGUAAAUAAAAAAAAGAAAAAUAAAGGGUAGUUAAAUUCUAAAGUUCUAUGUCGAUUGCACUUGUUAAUGAAGGCGCAAAAAAAAAGAAUGUUUCUAACCACAAAAAAAUUGUGGAGAAUUUUUGAUGAUAUUUAUUAUGAUUUAUGUUUUGUAAACUUCCUUGUAAAUAUGUUCUUUGUUUAAUUUUGUAAUUCAAACUUUUUUUUUAAAGAAUAUUUAAUGUAAUAAUUUGUAAGAUGCAACAUUUCAAUUUCAAUGGAAAUACAAUGUUUUUUUACACUGUUUUUUUUAAAUAAACUGAUUAAAACCAAAGGAUUUCCUCGACUUUUUUCAGUGUACUUCCAUGAAAUUUUAUUCUUCCUUUUAAGCAAUAAGAAAAUGUAAUAAAUUUAUUUUUCAAAACUUUUUAUAACGAUAAAUAAAUAAUUUAGAAACAUUUUUUUUUACUUUUAAUUUUUACUUCAUUUUAUAAUGAGAAAGUUAAGUUUCUUUUUUUUUCUUGUAAAUUUCUGUGUAUUUUUUUGUAUUGUAAUAAAUCAAUUUAAAAAAAAAACAUUAAAAUGUACGGAGAGUAUUGUAUAAAUUUUAUAAAGAAAUAAAAUUUUCACAAAAAAUAAAUCUUCAAUAGUUUAAAUAUGUAGUUAUUUUUGUUAAUGAUUUUUUUUUAUAUAAAGGUAGAAAAAAAAAAGAAAUUAAAUAAAAGCAUAAUAAAGGUAAUGAUGUAGAAUGAAGAUGAAUAAUGAAAUAUUUAGUACAAUAAAAUAAUUUCAAUAUAAAUCACAAGAAA